AUGAAUUUUAAAAUAAUAUCACUGCUUCUGACAUGGAACCUAUUGCUCAUAAAUGCCAAAAGAGAUUCCUUGGAAGACGAAGAGUCCAGAGCAAGAGAUAUACGUAAUAAGGAGAAUAAUAGAAAUAGAACAAACUUCAACGGCACUUUGACUGACCUUCCUGAGAGAAGAUACUUGAGACAUCGUAACAGUUCCAGGUAUCGCGGGGACAGACGAAGGUUUUGGGAACGGGAACAGGAAUUACGAAGGGACAGACGACGUGGAUCGGAACAUUCCUCCGAGGAAACCUCAAAUCGCACCGACCCAUACAACAGAAAAGAUGACAAAUCCCGCAAAACAGAUAAAAAGAAUCCUGAUAAAACUACGGAAAGAAGAAAAGCAAAUCAAAGUAAAACACAGGAAAGACAACCAGUUAGAGAAAACACGACUAGAUUUAAACCAAAGGUUGCCAAUAAAUGGCAUUCUGGAUAUAUACCGUACCCACAGCCACGGGAGAAGAAACCUAAUAUAAUAUUGAUACUGACUGAUGAUCAGGACGUCGAGCUCGGUAGCUUGAACUUCAUGCCUCGUACUAUGAAGGCCAUCCGAAGUGCUGGGGCUGAGUUUCGACACGCGUAUACCACCACACCAAUGUGCUGUCCAUCGAGGAGUUCCUUGCUGACCGGAGUGUACGUACACAAUCACAACGUGUACACAAACAACGACAACUGUUCGUCUCCGAUGUGGCAGGCUAAGCAUGAGACCAACACCUUCGCUACUUACCUCUCAAACGCUGGAUAUCGCACGGCAUCUGCUUGUAUUAGGAGUUAG